GUCAUUGUCAAUAUCAAAGUGACAGUUGCAAUUCUCACGAGAGUGAGGUUAUAUUUGUAUACAAAACAGUUAAAAGUAAAGUUUCCAAGCUGUCGGCCAAAAUAGAUUUGGAUAUGAGCUUGCAAACAGACUUUGGCCCCGACUCCGGGGGCAGAGUGAAGGGCUUAGUGAUAGUAAAGCCCAUAAUAUACGGCAACGUUGCCAGAUAUUUCGGCAAGAAACGUGAAGAGGACGGACAUACUCAUCAAUGGACGGUUUACGUAAAGCCGUAUGCCAAUGAAGACAUGUCUGCAUACAUUAAGAAGGUUCACUUUAAACUACAUGAGAGUUACGCAAACCCUAACAGGAUAGUGACGAAGCAGCCGUAUGAAUUGACCGAGACAGGCUGGGGAGAAUUUGAAAUUGUUAUCAAGUUAUAUUUCCAUGAUCCAAAUGAGAGACCUGUAACACUAUACCACAUUCUAAAGCUGUUCCAAUCACCGGUAACUGAGGGAGCCCCUCCGACAGUGGGCAGAGCCCUUGUCAGUGAGUCAUAUGAGGAGAUAGUCUUCCAGGAGCCCACGCAGCUGAUGCAGCACCUACUGAACAGUGUCAAACCCAUCACCAAUGGACCUUGGAACCAUGAUACUAAUUUUGAAGAAAAGAAAGAAAAAACGUUACAAAAAAUAAUAACAGCUCAAACUAAAGUGCGGACAGAGAUAACAGACUUGAAGGAAAAGCUGCACCUCGCUAAAGAAACCAUUUCAAAGUUCAAAGAUGAAAUAGCUAAAUUGCAGAACAGUGGAAAUGUCAUGUCCGGAGUGUAGAGUUAUAAGACUGAUUUUUAAGCAUCACUAAAAGUCGCAGGCUGUUUUUAAUUUUCUCUUGGAAAAAGCAUGUUUUACAAAUUUAAAAGUGGCCGCAGAAUGUAAUUGAGCAAUAUUUGAGGUAUGUUUUAAAUUCUUGCUGACGGCUGCGACUGCCGACGUACAAGCCGCGAUUGCAUGAAGUCGGCCGCAGCUGCACUACUGGUUUGUAAGUAUUUAUAUGAAACCGUUUUGGAACGAGGCGACGGCAGCACAUGCAGUCGCCGUCGAUAUCUGACAUCUAACGUACCUUUACGACAUUGUGCGAAUUGGCGUUUAGGGUCAAAAAUUGCGCAAUGAUUUUUAUCGUAAAAUUGCGCAAUUUCAUUGACCGUUAGGGAGCGCCGUAUUUAAAGAAUAGUGUUCAAAUUUUAAACACAACAGUGAUUGUAAAUUAACUGAGAUAUAUUGUGAAACGUCAUUUGAUUGUUUUAGUUAAGUAGUUUUAAGAUAGGAUAAUAUCGAUUUGUACGAGUAUACCCCUAGCUAGGUUAUA